AUGAGGCGGCGCCCUGUGGCGGGCAUUCUCCAAGAUCAAAUGGAGAAAUCAACAACCAAAACCCAAAAAUCCCGAAUCUGCUUCCUCGCUAUUCUCACCGCUUUCUUCUGGCUCUUUCUCCUUUACUUCCAUUUCAUCAUCCUCCCCCAACAAGAUCAACCACAAUCCACCAUAACUAUCACCGUAAACAACCAACUAACAACACCCCUCAACCACCAACCGCCACCGCCACCACCACAAUUCAAGAGUCCUCCCAGGAAGAACUUUGGCUUCCCUGAUAAGUCAACACUACAAUCACAAACCCCUCCCGAAAAAAACUUCCCCUUUACAAAAGCCCUCGCAACUUCCAGCAACAAAACCGAUCCAUGUGGAGGUAGAUACAUUUACGUCCAUGAUCUUCCUUCCAGGUUCAACCAAGAUAUGUUACGAGACUGCAAAACAUUGUCUCUCUGGACCAACAUGUGCAAGUUCACUACCAAUGCAGGUCUUGGUCCACCUCUCGAAAACAUCGAUGGGGUUUUCUCUGAUAAAGGCUGGUAUGCUACUAACCAAUUCGCUGUUGAUGUGAUUUUUGCCAAUAGAAUGAAACAGUAUGAAUGCUUGACUAAAGAUUCUUCCAUUGCUGCUGCUGUGUUUGUGCCGUUUUAUGCUGGCUUUGACAUUGCGCGUUAUCUUUGGGGUUAUAAUAUUUCUAUGAGAGAUGCUGCUUCUCUUGAUCUCGUUGAUUGGUUGACGAAGCGGCCCGAAUGGGGAAUCAUGAAUGGGAGAGAUCAUUUUCUUGUUGCAGGUAGGAUAACUUGGGAUUUUAGGAGAUUAUCUGAGGAGGAAUCUGAUUGGGGUAACAAGCUUUUGUUUUUACCUGCUGCUAAGAAUAUGUCUAUGCUUGUUGUUGAAUCUAGUCCUUGGAAUGCCAAUGAUUUUGGGAUUCCUUAUCCUACUUAUUUCCACCCUGCAAAAGACGAGGAUGUGUUUCUUUGGCAGGAGAGGAUGAGAAAGUUGGAGAGAAAAUGGCUUUUUUCUUUCGCAGGUGCGCCGCGUCCUGGUAAUGCGAAAUCGAUUAGGGGUCAAAUAAUUGAUCAAUGCAGGAGUUCCAAGGUUGGUAAGCUUUUGGAGUGUGAUUUUGGGGAAAGUAAAUGUCAUUCUCCCAGUUCCAUAAUGCAGAUGUUUCAGGGAUCACUUUUUUGUCUUCAACCUCAGGGUGAUUCUUAUACAAGAAGAUCAGCUUUUGAUUCAAUGCUUGCUGGUUGUAUACCUGUGUUUUUCCAUCCCGGUUCGGCGUAUACGCAAUAUACCUGGCAUCUACCUAAGGAUUAUACUAAGUAUUCUGUAUUCAUUCCCGAGGAUGAUAUUCGAAAGAGGAAUGUUACUAUAGAGCAGAGGCUUAGUCAGAUACCUGAUGAGCAAGUGAGGAUCAUGAGAGAGGAGGUGAUUAGUCUCAUUCCUAGAUUGGUGUAUGCUGAUCCUCGCUCUAAGUUAGAGACUUUAAAAGAUGCUUUUGAUGUUUCUGUGCAAGCCAUGAUUGAUAAGGUUACCAAUUUGCGGAAGGAUAUUAUUGAAGGUCGCACCGACGAAAACUUCAUUGAGGAGAAUAGUUGGAAAUAUGCACUGUUGGAUGAGGGACAGCGUGAAGUAGGACCUCAUGAGUGGGAUCCUUUCUUCUCUAAACCUAAGGGUGGAAAUGGGGAAUCCACUGAUUCCUCUGCCGAAGCUGCGAAAAAUUCUUGGAAAAAUGAGCAAAGAACUCAGUAA